AUGAUAACGGGGAACCCUCAGAUGACCUGGUGCCCGCCAUUCUCGACACCGCCCAUCAGUACAACAUCCAGGUAUGGCUCCCAUGCUGCAUUUUACCGCUAUAAGAACAGCAUGGGCAAGAGCCUCCCACUCUUUUAUAUCUACGACUCAUACCUGACGUCCCCUGAGGCCUGGGCUCACCUCCUGACACCCAAUGGGCCCCACUCCAUCCGCAACACCCCCUAUGAUGGGGUCUUCAUAGCCCUGCUGGUGGAGGAGGGCCACACCCACGACAUCCUGGCUGCUGGAUUUGAUGGCAUGUAUACCUACUUUGCCUCCAAUGGUUUCUCCUUCGGCUCCUCCCAUCAGAACUGGAAAGCCGUGAAGAACUUUUGUGAUGCCAACAACCUCAUGUUCAUCCCCAGCGUGGGGCCUGGCUACAUUGACACCAGCAUCCGGCCCUGGAAUAACCACAAUACUCGGAACAGGGUCAAUGGCAAGUACUAUGAGACAGCCCUGCAGGCAGCCCUGACGGUGAGGCCCGAGAUUGUCUCCAUCACCUCCUUCAAUGAGUGGCAUGAGGGCACCCAGAUCGAGAAGGCCAUUCCCAAGAAGACGCCAACACGUCUGUAUUUGGACUACCUGCCUCACCAGCCCAACCUGUACCUGGAGCUGACUCGCCGCUGGGCAGAGCACUUCAUCAAAGAGAAGGAGCAGUGGCUGAUGUGAGGAGCCUGCCGACGGCCACGAGGUGCCAACGUCCUGGCCUCACCGGAAGGUGUCGCUGCGUGGGGCUCAGCUGAGGUCAUGGGCACUCGCCGGUCUCCAAGUCAGCGGCGGGCCGCCUCUGGGUGGGCUGUCAAGCCUAGGCCCACGUGGAACAGAGCUUGUUCCUUGGGCAGGUGGUGCCGGGGUGCUCUGCGGUGACAGGAAACGAGGCAGGGUCCCAGAGGGAACCACAGAGGCCGGCGGGUGACUGGAUUUAGCCCAGGGCAGCUCCAUAUCCUGUCCCGACACUUUAAAAUAGUCCCUCCUCGUUUGGAACUCAGCAGGUUGGGGUGCAGCGGAGCCACCAGGUGACUGCUCUUCGGAGGGGCCAGGGCUCGGGGCUAGCACAUGCCCUGCUUCCUCUUCAGCCUUCCUCCCACGGCACCUGUCUUCUCUAAGUCAGGGAACCGGAUUUGAAGCUUCCCAAAAGGGAAAUUCUAGAUUGAAGCCCUUCCCGGUAGACUCCUGAACCCAAUGAUCAGGAAACACCCCUGAGCAUUCAUUCAUUCAUUCAACACACACUAAUCGAGCACCUUACUAUGUGCUAGGCGCUAGGGAGGAACUUGACCUGGCAAGGUCCUUUUUCUUCCAGAAGCUUAUAGGAUCCAGCUUUCUUUCUUUGGUGUGGCCUUGUAGCUAGUGCCUGAGCAGUUUCUUUUUGCAGUUUUACCCAGCGCUGGGAGUUGUUCUUUUUCCUCUAAGAAAAUACCUCUGUGCUCCAGAGCCUCCAUUUCCCCAGAUGACCAUUUAGCUCCAGGGAGAGGACUAGGGCUCCCCCCCCCCCCCCCCCCCUCCCUUUAGCUGCCUAAACUGAAUGAGGCCCACUCAGUCAGCCAUUUUCAGUGCUACUGUGAUUUGUAUCAAUUAAAUACGUGGUAUUCUCAAGUAAGCAUUCUUUUUGCUCUCUUCAAGACUUCCUGAAUUCUGAGCCCGCCCUCAAAUUCCGUGACAACCUGACAUGUGGGAUCGGCUGGCCAGCAUUGGCACAACGAAGAGUGAGUUUGCUUAAGAAAUGAGAAGUUUAAACACGAUUUUUAGAGGGGAUAUGUAACCAACUAGUGCUUAUUUACGAAUAAACUAAUGUGCUAUAAUUGUAGGAGCCCUCAAAGUAGACCCUGGGACACCUCCUUGGCAAGACUUAGGAGCUACUUGGAAAUAUGUGCGUUACUUUAUGGGCUCAAGACUGAAUCCCAGUACUGGGAAUGGGGUGCAAAGUGCAGGAGGGGAAGAAGCGGGCCUAUGGAUUACCACAGGACCCCCGGCUCCAGUUAGGUCAUGGUUACUGAAUGGCACCGAUGGAUGGAGCAGAUCAGGACAGGUGAAAAGGGUUGGAUGGUGACCUGUAGUAAGUUACAGAAGGGAGAAACUAGGAGGCUUCAUUCCCACAUACACAAUUUGGAAAGUUCUAAAAGUACAGCAAGGCCAGGGGCCUGAAGCAGCAAGUCUCAUUCGUUGCUGAUGGCAAGGCAGCUUGAUCAGUUCUUUUGAAGGUGAAUCUGUAUCAAGAACCAGAAAAAUGUUCAUACGCUCUGACCCAGUAAUCCUCCCCUACGGAAAUAAUUCAAAAGAAGAAGAAUAAACUAUUUACAAAACAUUUUCUAUUAAUGAAAAACAAGGUUCAAAUACCCAAGAAUAACUGUUUAACACUUGGUAUUCACAUGAAUAAAGAUGCAGGCUGCUGAGUAGACACUGGAUUCAAAUAAAAGUGUUAUAGGUA